AUGCAGAAUCAGCCGGUGGGACUCCCCUCCACAGGAAGGGAAAGGCAAAGGGAAAGGCAGCCUUCGGAGAUGCUGAAAGACCUGAUCUUAAGAUGGUUCCUGGAAACGCAGAUUGCUCUCCUCUUGCAAGAGGGCAGAUUGCCAGACUGGUUCCAUGGAUUCCUGACCAGACACAUUCUUCCUCAAUUUUUUUUUACUUUUUUUUUUUUCUCGUUUUUAUCUUUAAAUCCUCUUCAGUCAUAUUUAAAAAGGGAAUCCUUGUCAAAAUUCCUCUCUUGUAUCAGGGAAACUGAGACGCUGCUGGAAAACAGAGAGUUUGGCUGCUUCCUGAUCAGGUUGAACGAAAAAGCCUUCGGCUACAUCCUUUCCUACCGAGGGAAGGAUCGCUGCCGUCAUUUUGUCAUCAGCUGCCACCGCAGUGGGCAGUACGUCGUCUCCGGAGACACACGGGCGCAUGCGAAUUUGACUGAACUGAUCGGCUACUACCAGAGGUCUGAGAUUCAGCCCUUUGGAGAAAACCUCACGUCGGCCUGUCCCAAGCUGGAGGAGAAAAGUAUAUAUGAUGAAAUAUCUUCAGAUCGAAGUCCCAGUGCAGAUGCUUCAACACCGAGCAGGAACCCAUCUGCCGAUUCGCUGGUUACCCGGAAUCAUUUCACCAAUCAGCCAGGACAUCCAAGGACUCCACUUCAGGAAGAGCAGAAGUCUCUUUUCAAGGAACGUCAAAAUUCAAAGGAGGAUCCAGAUGCAGCCCCCCCAAUACCAGACAGGUCCUGCUUGCUGGAGUCAUUGUCUCUGGAGGAAGAGGUUGGAGAUGAAGGAACUAUUUACUCAGCUGUGAAGAAACUUCCUUUAGAUAAAAGAAGCUUGGGAAAGUCAAAAGAGGGGGCCAGAAUUUUUGGGGACACUAAGGCAAAGGGAUCUGUAGGACUGGGCCAAGGUCACAGCUCUCCUUGCCAAAGGAAGAAAGAAUUUGGAUUGGCCAAGCAAUCAGACACACCAUUCACCAUAAAAGUGAAUCCUGCAGACCCAGCUCAACCAGUCACAAAUUAUUCUAGGAUUGCCAUAGACCAACCCAAAAACUGUUGGAUAUCUGCUGAGCCCCACAAUUAUCAGUCCACCUUUUUAUUGUCCAAGAAAUCAGCCGUUCUUAAUUAUCCACUUUCAAAACUAUCUCCCACAUUGCUGAAUAAAUCCAAAAAUUCGGAAGAGUUCCAUGACUCUCCUCUCAGGAUCAACACGAGGUCGGUGGUCAACAAAGAACAUGGGCAACUAAACCAACCCAAAUCCUUGUCUGAACUCCCAAAGGAACGCAUGGAUGAGAAGAUCCAACCAUCUACCUUAUGGGCGGACAACACAACUAAUACUCAGGAAUCGUUCAGGUGGGCAAAAGGUAUCUUCCUUGGCUCAGAAAAACCUCCCAAGGUUUCCCUCAGCAGAUCCAAAGGGUCUUAUGAUCAAAUCUCCAGAAAGUUUGGUCAUGUCUCCAAGCUUCAGAUCAACCCUGAGAGUCCAUAUGAAAAAAUACCUGAUCCUUACUCUCAACGCUCCUCAACCACAAGUCAAGCUGCAUCUCUGGAGGACCCCUACGAGCAGGUUCCCUAUCUGCCAGGGAAAAGACUAGAAGGAAAGGUCGCCCAAAAGAGUGAGAAGCCCAGAAGGUUCCCCUUCGCAGAGAAGAAGCCUAAAUCCUGA